AUGACCCUAACGGACCUAGAAACCUGUGCCGAGGAAAUUACAACAGCUGCCAGAACCCUGGCGAGAGACGGGCACUCGGGCGGGUAUUCAGCUGGGCUCCCUGACCAUCUCCGACCCGUCCAGCGAACGCUGAUUGCCAAUGCCUCGCAAGUAUUAGCCCUCGCCGGUCAGCCCGCCGACUUUGUCCGACAGUUGGCUCUCUAUAAUCAGCUUUUGGCAUGCUUGCGGUGGUUGGGAGAGUUCCAGGUGUUAGCGUGUAUCCCUCUGGAUGAACCCGUACCCUUUGAAGACGUGGCGGACAUUGCAGGAGUCCCCGAAUGUCGGCUGCGUCGACUGGUGCGACCGCUAUUUACCAUAGGCUUUCUUUGUGAGCCUUCGCCGGGGCAUGUGGCCCACAGUGUGUUGUCGAGACAGUUUGUGACCCAACCAGCCCUGCUGGACGCCAUUCUCUUCAUGUCGGAGACUCUGGCUCCGUCAGCGUCAACGAUGGGGAUCCAAACGCGCCGAUUUGGGGCCUCGGAGCAGGCUGAAGAGUCCGCAUGGAAUCUGGCCUUAGGAAGUGGCUCUCCGUUCGCCGCAUGCCUUCAGCAACGACCCAAGGUUAAGCGGCAGCUGGGUGCCUACCUCUCCUACGUGUCGAGUGCCAUUGAUACCGCCGUGGGAGAUACGCUGACUCGGAUGAAUUGGCACAGCUUGGGAAUGGCAACAGUCGUGCAUGUGGGCGCACAGUCACCCUCACUGGUUGUGGCCCUCGCUCCCCAAUUUCCAUCGCUCCGUUUCCUCGUCCAGACAGAACCUAAGACCGAGUCUGCGAGCAUACCUCUGCAUCUACGCACACGCAUUACUUGGGGCACCCGUCUAUCAACAGCAACACAACCUGUCGUCGAUGCGGCCGUCUAUCUCAUCUCCAUCCCAUUCCCAUCGCCACAGUCGCCGGCGAUAGAAAUCACCAUGCGAGUCACUCAGGCGCUACGGGCUCAUGUGGAGGUGUUGCGGAACAAUCCAGACGCGCGUCUCAUUUUGACAUUGCCGAUGCCGUCGACCACAAAGUCGAUGGACGCUGCGGCGCGAGCGGCGGUCAGUCUGAGCGAUCUCGCCUUACUGCAGCUAACCAAUGGGGCGCCCCUCAACAUGGGUGAGAUACGAGAUUUGCUGCGCAAUCGCUCUGACGGGCUCGUGGUGAUGCGGGAGCUUCGAUCUCCCACCAACGCCGUUAUUGCAUUUGAGAUUCAGUACCACGUGGAUAAUGAUGACAACCGAUUUUAA